AAGUUCCUCUCUCUCUCGUUCUUAUCCAUCGCAUUGAAAAGCAGCAGCAUCACCACACCACACCACACCCACCUCCUUCCCUGCUUUCAUAAAUAUGCCUCCUCUCUCUGCCAUGCCCACCCUCUUCUCUUCUUCCAUCAGUUGACUCUCCCUCCCUCUAUUCAUUCGGUCUGCCUUUUCUUCUCUUCUCCUUUCCCCUUCUCUCUCAGAUCUAAGCUUUCCCUUUUUUUUAUUUUUCUCUUUUUCCAUCUCAGGAUGGAGCCUAUGGACAUCGUUGGUAAGGCCAAGGAAGACGCUUCGCUUCCCAAAGCAACAAUGACGAAAAUUAUCAAAGAGAUGUUGCCCCCGGAUGUGCGUGUCGCUAGAGAUGCGCAGGAUUUGUUGAUCGAGUGUUGUGUCGAGUUUAUAAACCUCGUCUCUUCCGAGUCCAAUGAAGUCUGUAACAAAGAGGAAAGAAGGACGAUUGCACCGGAGCACGUGUUGAAGGCGUUAGGGGUUCUUGGAUUUGGUGAGUACAUCGAGGAAGUUUAUGCAGCAUAUGAACAGCACAAGUUGGAGACAAUGCAAGACUCUUUAAAAGGUGCCAAGUGGAGCAACAGAGCUGAGAUGACUGAGGAAGAAGCAUUGGCUGAACAGCAAAGGAUGUUUGCAGAGGCACGUGCUAGAAUGAAUGGAGGAGCCAUUACUUCCAAGCAGCCAGAAGCUGACCAAAGUUUAGAGAGCUAACUUAGGACCCUUUAUUUUCUUGAAGCAUAGGCAAGCAUCUCUGACUCUUCCCUAUGCGAUAAUUUAGCUCGAUUUUGCACAAAUCACCAUUCACUUGUUUGCUCCCCUAUGUGAAUGUGCUCGCCAUUUGUGUUCUUUUAGUAAUCCAUAUUUGUAAGUUAAUGUAAUUAUUGGAGUUCAUCUAAACCCUCUAUUUAGAAUUACAUGUAAAUUAUUUCAUCUACUGUCCUGUUGUAUCUUCUACACUAACAGUUCAUGGCUUAAUUUUUACAAUAGUGACUAGUCAUAUUAGAUUGUAA